AUGAAUCCUCAGCGCGUUUUGCUGCGAUGUGCCUCCGUGCUGGCCCUGGUGUGCUUGGCUUCAGCCGCGAAACUGGAAGGCUACAGUGACGGAGGCGACACCGGCCUGGGAGUCGCUCUUGACGACGGUGAACUGCUUGAAGAAGGCGUUGGAGGCGGCAGUGUGCUUCCUCUCGUCUUGGUCGGUUCCGGUAUGCUUCCUGAGAGUGCCAUUGUUGGCGUAACUGUAGAUGUGUCUGGUGACGCUGCUGGAGAUGCCAUCGGCGCUGGAAACCUUCCUGAUGGAGAUAAUGGCGAGGGAUACAUUCCACCGAGUGUUGUCCCUGAGGUCGCUCCGGUCGACGUCGCCCCCGCCCCUGGCGGCGAAUACCUCGCUCCCCACAACUGAACUUAUUACUUUGCACGCAAGCGGCGUCAUGAAUGAUUAAUUUUCGUGCAACU